AUGGACACAGUGUGCCGGAAGGCCCGCCCUCCACCCUUCCUGAGUCUAAUGCUGACGGUCUUUCCCCCCGGACUCCUCCGGCUGCAGGUGAUGAAGAGCGGGCGCUCCAUGGGCAAGGGCCUGGCGCUGGGCACCCUCCUGACCAGCCUCAUGCUGCUGCUCUACUCCUACGCCCUCUCGCCCUUGCAAGCCAGCACGACCGAGAGCCGGAGCAUCCUAACCCUUGACCCUCGGCCUUUCUUUUCCAGGACGCCCAUCCCCUCGGCUUGCUCUUCCUUCCGUGCCCCGUCUUCCAACGCCAGCCUCUCGGGCCACAGGUGCCUCCCCAAGCGGGACAUCAUGUUCAUGAAGACCCACAAGACGGCCAGCAGCACCAUCCUCAACAUCCUCCUCCGCUUUGGGGAGAAGCACCGCCUCAAGUUUGCCUUCCCCAACGGCCGCAACGACUUCUACUACCCGUCCUUCUUUGAGCGCCGCCAGGUGCGGGACUACCGCCCGGGCAUGUGCUUCAACAUCAUCUGCAACCACAUGCGCUUCCAGUACGAGGAGGUGCGCAAGCUGCUGCCAGCCGGCGCCACCUUUGUGACGGUGCUGCGGGACCCGGCGUACCUCUUUGAGUCCUCCUUCCACUACUUUGGGCGCAUCAUUCCCUUGACCUGGAAGCUCUCCGGGGAGGACAAGCUGGCCGAGUUCCUGCGGGACCCCUGGCGCUACUACGACCCCAACGGCUUCAACGCCCACUACCUGCAGAACCUGCUCUUUGACCUGGGCUACGACAACACCCUGAACCCCAGCAGCCCUCGGGUGGAGCAGUCCAUCCAAGAGAUCGACCGGCGCUUCCACUUGGUCAUGCUCCUGGAGUACUUUGACGAGUCCCUGGUGCUCCUCAAGGACUUGCUCUGCUGGGAGCUGGAGGACGUCCUCUACUUCAAGCUCAACGCCCGGAAGGACUCCGCCGUCUCCCGCUUGACGGGCGAGCUCUACCAGAAGGCCACCGCCUGGAACCUCAUUGACGCCAAGCUCUACCGGCACUUCAACGCCACGUUCUGGCGCAAGGUGGAGGCCUACGGGAGGGAGCGCAUGGCCGAGGACGUGGCCCGCCUCCAGGAGGAGAACGAGAAGAUGACCCGCAUCUGCAUCGACGGGGGCCGCCCCGUGGACGCCAACGCCAUCCAGGAGUCCGCCAUGCAGCCCUGGCAGCCCCUGGGCAAGAAGUCCAUCCUGGGCUACAACCUCAAGAAGCGCAUCCACAAGAAGCACCGCAAGCUGUGCCGCAAGAUGGUGACCCCCGAGAUCCAGUACCUGACGGACUUAGGAGUCAACCUGUGGAUCACCAAGCUCUGGAGCCGAGUGCGGGAUUUCCUCAAGUGGUAGG